AUGAACCAUCAACUGCUGAAUCCGCCGUUCUCAUCGUGCCCACAUUGCCAACGGAUAUUCCAUACACGAAUUCACCUCUUCGAACAUCCCCGAACCCAAUACAAUGCCGACUCAGCAACUGCCCAUCCCGUCUCAGAAAACGCUUACUUCUCCUCCUCCUCCUCCUCCUCCUCCUCCUCCUCCUCCUCCUUAUUUCUCCCUCCUCUUUCUCUCCUCCACCGCCACCAUCACUACCACUACUACUACUACUACUACUACUACUACUACUACUACUACUACUACUACUGA